AUGGCAAAGAUAAAGAAAACAAAUAUACGUUCUCUGCCAGACAGUUCACAAAAUUUUGACAGUUUGUUACCUCAAAAUGAAAAAGAAAAGUUAUUGGAACAACAACUGACUACGGCUCAGCAAACACUUGCUUCACUGAAAGCAAAAGUGAAAGACCUAAGAGAGGAAAACGAUUUCCUGAAUAAAGAAGCAGAACGUAUCAAAAACGACACCGAAGAAUACAAUAAAUAUAUCGAAGAAGCUACAGAAAAGCAGCAAAUGAAAGCUGUUGAGUUAUUUGACGAAUAUUAUUCGAAAAUAAAGGAAGCUAAGGCAAAGAAAGAAGAAAUUAUCCAAUCUCACGAAGAGCAAAAGUCUGAGUUAAAGAGAACUCUAAUAGAAAAAGAAAGCAUUCUAGCCCAGAUGAAGCUUCUGUUGGCCGACCUAGAGCCCUACCAACAAUUAGAAGAAAGUCAAACAGCACGCAUAAAGCAGCUUGAAAAUGAGAUUGAAGAAAUGAAGCAACGGAGUUUUACUGUAAUGGAAAAACUGAAAAAAGAACUAUUAAGCACUAAGAAAACGAGUGAAGUGACCCAGAAAAAGGAGAUUCUGCGUAUAACUAAAGAUAUCACGGAAAAUGCUUGUUUAUCUUUGAAAAAUUACAUGGCAGAAAUUGUAGAGAAAAACAGCGCUCUCAGGAGAAGACUGACCGAACUUUUGAACAAAAACAUUACUCUCCAGGAGAAAAAAGCGAAACUUGACGAGAAAUACAAACAGUUGACUAUAGAGCAUCAGUACCGAGAGGAUUUGAAAGAAAUGGGGCUUUGGUCAUGUCGUUUAAAAUAA